CGACACCUGUACCUUACCUCGCGACCAUCGUCAAACGCGUCGUAGCCAAGAUGGCCUCCUCGACAAAGUAUCAGCCCGCGCCUCAGAGCGACCCCGACGACUACACCCACGCUCCCCCCGCCUACGCCGAGGGUUCGGCUUCUCGCGACGAGACGCAGGGUCUCUUUGGUGCGCCCCGCGACAGCGAGGAUAACCUUCCCGAUGACUUCAAGUUUGGCGGCUCCGUGGCCGAGGCUACCGUCGACAUCCGCAACCAGUUCGUCCGCAAGGUCUACACCAUCCUUACCGUCCAGCUCCUCGCCACCGCAGGUGUGAGCUCCCUCACCUUCUUCAGCGCUGGCUACAAGGAAUGGAUUCAGGGCCACCCCGGCGUCGUCUGGGCUUCGCUCUUCGGUGCCAUGAUCUUCAUGGGCUUGACUUACUGGAAGCGCAAGUCUUACCCGACCAACCUCCUCUUCCUCUCUCUGUUCACUCUCGCCGAAGCCUACACCAUCUCCGUCAUCGUGUCCUUUUACAAGACGUCCAUCGUUCUUAACGCUGUCGUCCUCACCGCGGGAAUCUUUGUCUUCCUCACUCUCUUCGCCUGCCAGACAAAGUACGACUUUACCUCAUGGAUGCCCUACCUCUUCGGCGCUCUCUGGGGCCUUGUCAUCUUUGGCUUCAUGGCCAUGUUCUUCCCCUACAGCUCCACCGGCGAGCUCAUCUACGGUGGUCUUGCAGCUCUCAUCUUUAGUGGCUACAUUCUCGUUGACACCCAGCUCGUUCUCCGUCAUCACCAUGUCGAGGAAGAGAUUGCCGCUGCCAUCAGCCUGUACCUGGACAUUAUCAACCUCUUCCUCGCCAUUCUGCGCAUUCUCAACAGCCAGUCUAACAACUAAAUCUGGUUGACUCAACAGAAGAAUUUGGAUGGGAGAUGUAAACGUGGAGGCUCGGCAAUGAGAGUCGACCAGCGAUGGAAUCAUUGAUUCCUAUUCUUUUCCUUACUUUGUAGUGAUCGUGUUUCGACUCGUCUCAUCAAAAUGUCUCUCGUUGCUUGUGUAUAGGAAGUUGUCAAGAAUAAGACCUUGGGCAUUGGCGUUUAUUGGAGGAUAAGUUAAUGGUUUUCCUUGUUUCUUCUACGUAUCAACCGCUGGUUGGUUAAUCCCUUUACAACUAGCGUAGACAAUAGUCAAUCGAUAGUUGACAUGGCACUUUUGGAUCAACUAUUGGCAAUCG